AUGGAUUUUAUAAUCAUUUUUCUUUUACUUUUUAUUGGAACUUCAGAGACACAGGUUGAUGUUUCCAAUGCUGUUCCUGGCACUAGGUACGAUGUGACCAUCUCUUCAAUUUCUGCUACAACAUACAGCUCUCCUGUUAGUAGAACAGUGACAACGAAUGUAACAAAACCAGGGCCUCCAGUCUUCCUAGCGGGAGAAAGAGUUGGAUCUGCUGGGAUUCUUCUGUCUUGGAAUACACCACCUAACCCAAAUGGAAGAAUCAUAUCUUACAUUGUGAAAUAUAAGGAAGUUUGUCCAUGGAUGCAAACAGAAUAUACACAAGUUAGAACGAAGCCGGACAGUCUGGAAGUUCUUCUUACUAAUCUUAAUCCUGGAACAACGUAUGAAAUCAAGGUUGCUGCUGAAAACAGCGCUGGCAUUGGAGUGUUUAGUGAUCCAUUUCUUUUCCAAACGGCAGAAAGUGCUCCAGGAAAAGUAGUGAAUCUCACAGUUGAGGCCUUUAACUAUUCUGCAGUAAACCUGAUUUGGUAUUUACCUCGGCAACCAAAUGGCAAAAUUACCAGCUUCAAGAUUAGUGUCAAGCAUGCCAGAAGUGGGAUAGUAGUGAAAGAUGUCUCCAUCAGAGUAGAAGACAUUUUGACUGGGAAAUUGCCAGAAUGCAAUGGGAAUAAUGAAUCUUUUUUAUGGAGUACCACCAGCCCUUCUCCAACCCUUGGUAGAAUUACACCUCCAUCGCGUACCACAUAUUCUUUGAGCACGUUGGCAAGGAGUAAGAUAAGCUCUGUGUGGAAAGAGCCUAUAAGUUUUGUAGUGACACAUUUGAGACCUUAUACAACAUAUCUUUUUGAAGUUUCUGCUGUUACAACGGAAGCAGGUUAUAUUGAUAGUACCAUUGUCAGAACACCGGAAUCAGUUCCUGAAGGACCACCACAAAACUGUGUAACAGGCAACAUUACAGGGAAGUCUUUUUCAAUUUCAUGGGACCCACCAAGUGUAAUAACAGGGAAAUUUAGUUACAGAGUUGAAUUAUACGGACCAUCAGGUCGGAUUUUGGAUAAUAGCACGAAAGACCUUAAAUUUGCAUUCACUAACCUAACACCAUUUACAGUAUACGAUGUAUAUGUCGCAGCUGAAACCAGUGCAGGAAUCGGACCCAAAUCAAAUAUUUCAGUAUUCACUCCUCCAGAAGUUCCAGGUGCAAUAUUUGAUUUACAAGUUGCAGAAGUAGAAGCUACACAAAUAAGAAUUACUUGGAAGAGACCACGACAACCAAAUGGAAUCAUUAACCAAUACCGAGUCAAAGUGUUAGUUUCAGAGACAGGAGUAAUUUUGGAAAAUACUUUGCUCACGGGAAAAGAUGAGUAUAUAAAUGAUCCCAUGGCUCCAGAAACUGUGAACAUAGUAGAGUCAAUGGCAGAAUUAUUUGAGGGUUCAGCAGAGAUAUCUUCAGACCUGUACUCGCUUGCUUCAGCUAUAUAUAACAGUCAUCCACAUAACUUUCCUGUGAGGGACAGAGCUGAAGACCAGCAUUCGACAGUUGGAACUGCAAGGAAUCUGUAUAUCACUGACGUUUCUGCUGAGCAGCUGUCUUAUGUUAUCAGAAGACUUGUACCUUUCACUGAGCACAUGAUUAGUGUAUCUGCUUUCACCAUCAUGGGAGAAGGACCACCAACGGUUCUUAAUGUUAGGACACAUGAGCAAGUGCCAAGCUCCAUUCAAAUUAUAAACUAUAAAAAUAUUAGUUCUUCAUCUAUUUUGUUAUAUUGGGAUCCUCCAGAAUAUCCCAAUGGAAAAAUAACUCAUUAUACAAUUUAUGCAAUGGAACUGGAUACAAACAGAGCAUUCCAGAUGACCACCACAGAAAACAGCUUUCUCAUAACAGGGUUAAAGAAAUACACAAAAUAUAAAAUGAGAGUGGCUGCCUCAACCCAUGUUGGAGAAAGUUCUUUGUCUGAAGAAAAUGACAUCUUUGUGAGAACUCCAGAAGAUGAACCAGAAUCGUCACCUCAAGAUGUUAAAGUUAUUGAUGUUACUGCAAGUGAAAUAAAUUUGAAGUGGUCACCUCCUGAGAAACCUAAUGGGAUUAUUGUUGCUUAUGAAGUGCUCUAUAAAAAUAGGGAUACCUUGUUUAUGAAGAACACCUCAACCACAAACAUAAUUCUAAAGGACUUAAAACCUUACACCCUCUAUAACAUCUCUGUCAGGUCGUAUACCAGAUUUGGUCAUGGCAAUCAGUUGUCUUCUUUCCUCUCUGUAAGGACUUCUGAGACUGUGCCCGAUAGUGCACCAGAAAAUGUUACCUACAAAAAUAUAUCUUCUGGAGAGAUUGAGCUAUCAUUCCUUCCCCCAAGUAGUCCUAAUGGAAUCAUACAAAAAUAUACAAUUUACAUCAGGAGAAGUAGUGGAAAUGAAGAAAGAGCUAUAAAUACAACCUCUUUGACCCAAAGCAUUAAAGGACUGAAGAAAUAUACCCAGUACAAGAUUGAGGUAUCUGCUAGUACACUCAGGGGUGAAGGAGUUCGGAGCGCACCCAUAAGUAUACUGACUGAAGAGGAUGCUCCUGAUUCUCCCCCUCAAGGCUUCUCUGUAAAACAGUUGUCUGGUGUCACGGUGAAGUUGUCAUGGCAACCACCCCUGGAGCCAAAUGGAAUUAUCCUCUAUUACACAGUUUAUGUCUGGGAUAGGUCAUCAUUAAAAACUAUUAAUGUAACUGAAACAUCAUUAGAGUUUUCAGAUUUGGACUAUAAUGUUGAAUAUAGUGCUUAUGUAACAGCUAGCACAAGGUUUGGUGAUGGGAAAAUGAGAAGCAGUAUCAUUAACUUUCGAACACCCGAGGGAGCACCAAGUGAUCCUCCCAAAGAUGUUCGUUAUGCAAAUCUCAGUUCUUCAUCAAUAAUGCUCUUUUGGAUGCCUCCUUCAAAACCUAAUGGGAUUAUUCAAUAUUAUUCUGUUUAUUACAGAAAUACUUCAGGUACUUUUGUGCAGAAUUUUACACUCCAUGAAGUAACCAAUGACUUUGACAAUAUGACCGUAUCUGCAGUAAUAGAUAAACUGGCAAUAUUCAGCUACUAUACAUUUUGGGUAACAGCAAGUACCUCAGUUGGAAAUGGGAAUAAAAGCAGUGACAUAGCUCAAGUAUACACAGAUCAAGACAUACCCGAAGGGUUUGUUGGAAACCUAACUUACGAGUCCAUUUCAUCAACUGCAAUAAAUGUAAGCUGGAGCCCACCAUCUCAUCCAAAUGGUCUAGUCUUCUACUAUGUUUCUCUGAGCUUACAGCAGACUCCUCGCCACGUGACACCACUUCUUGUGACGUAUGAGAGAAGUAUAUAUUUUGAUAAUCUGGAAAAAUAUACUGAUUAUAUAUUAAAAAUCACUCCAUCAACAGAAAAGGGAUUCUCUGAUACCUAUACUGCCCAGCUACACAUCAAAACUGAAGAAGAUGUCCCAGAAACUUCACCAAUAAUCAACACUUUUAAAAACCUUUCCUCUACCUCAGUUCUCUUAUCAUGGGAUCCCCCAGUAAAACCAAAUGGUGCAAUAAUAAGUUAUGAUUUAACUUUACAAGGACCAAAUGAAAAUUAUUCUUUCAUUACUUCUGAUAACUAUCUAAUACUGGAAGAACUUUCACCAUUUACAUUAUAUAGUUUUUUUGCUGCCGCAAGAACUAUAAAAGGACUUGGUCCUUCCAGUACUCUUUUCUUUUACACAGAUGAGUCAGUGCCUUUAGCACCUCCUCAAAAUUUGACUUUAAUCAACUACACUUCAGACUUGGUAUGGCUGAAAUGGAGUCCAAGUCCUGUUCCAGGCGGUAUUGUUAAAAUAUAUAGCUUAAAAAUUCAUGAGCAUGAAACUGAUACUAUAUUUUAUAAGAACAUUUCAGGUGUUCAAACUGAAGCCCAGCUUGUGGGGUUGGAACCAGUCAGCACCUAUUCUAUUAGCAUAUCUGCCUUUACGAAAGUCGGAAAUGGCAAUCAAUAUAGUAAUGUAGUAAAAUUCACAACUCAAGAAUCAGUUCCAGAUGUCGUACAGAAUGUACAGUGUAUGGCAACUAGCUGGCAGUCAGCUGUAGUGAAAUGGGAUCCACCCAAGAAGGCAAAUGGAGUAAUUAUACAUUAUAUGAUAACAGUUGGAAAGAAUUCUACAAAAGUCUCUCCCCAAGAUGAUAUGUAUACUUUCGUGAAACUUCUUGCCAAUACCUCAUAUAUCUUUAAAAUAAGAGCUUCAACUUCAGCAGGUGAAGGUGAUGAGAAAACAUGCAACAUCAGCACGCUACCUGAAGCAGCUCCAGAUGGUCCUCCUGAAAAUGUGUAUGUGGUAGCAACAUCACCUUUUAGCAUCAACAUCAGCUGGAGUGAACCUGCUACCAUUACUGGACCAACAUUCUAUCUGAUUGAUGUCAAAUCGGUAGAUAGUGAUGAAUUUAAUAUUUCCUUCAUCAAAUCAAAUGAAGAAAAUAAGACCAUAGAAAUUAAAGAUUUGAAAAUAUUCACAAGGUAUUCUGUGGUAAUCACAGCAUUCACUGGAAACAUAAGUGCUGCAUAUGUAGAAGGAAAGUCAAGUGCUGAAGUGAUUGUUACUACUUUAGAAUCAGUCCCCAACGAUCCACCUAACAAUAUGACAUUUUGGAAGAUACCAGACGAAGUUACAAAAUUUCAGUUAACAUUUCUUCCUCCUUCUCAACCCAAUGGAAAUAUCCAAGUAUACCAAGCUUUGGUUUACCGGGAAGAUGAUCCUACUGCUGUCCAGAUUCACAACCUCAGUAUUAUCCAGAAAACUGACACAUCUGUCAUUGCAAUGUUAGAAGGACUAAAAGGUGGACAUACAUACAAUAUCAGUGUUUAUGCGAUCAAUAGCGCUGGCGCAGGGCCAAAUGUUCAGAUGAGAAUAACCAUGGACAUUAAAGCUCCAGCACGACCGAAAACCAAACCAACCCCUAUUUAUGAUGCCACAGGAAAAUUGCUUGUGACUUCAACAACAAUUACAAUCAGAAUGCCAAUAUGUUACUACAAUGAUGAUCAUGGACCUAUCAAAAAUGUGCAAGUGCUUGUAACAGAAGCAGGAGCUCAGCAUGAUGGAAAUGUAACAAAGUGGUAUGAUGCAUAUUUUAAUAAACCAAGGCCAUAUUUUACAAAUGAAGGCUUUCCUAACCCCCCAUGUACAGAAGCAAAGACAAAAUUCAGUGGCAAUGAAGAAAUCUACAUCAUAGGUGCUGAUAAUGCAUGCAUGAUUCCUGGCAAUGAAGACAGAAUUUGCAAUGGACCUUUGAAACCAAAAAAGCAAUACUUAUUUAAAUUUAGAGCCACCAAUAUUAUGGGACAAUUUACUGAUUCUGAUUAUUCUGAUCCCGUUAAGACUUUAGGUGAAGGACUUUCAGAAAGAACUGUAGAAAUUAUUCUUUCAGUCACUUUGUGCAUCCUUUCAAUCAUUCUUCUUGGAACAGCUAUUUUUGCAUUUGCAAGAAUUCGACAGAAGCAGAAAGAAGGUGGCACAUAUUCUCCUCGGGAUGCAGAAAUUAUUGACACUAAAUUCAAGCUGGAUCAGCUCAUCACAGUGGCAGACCUGGAACUGAAGGGCGAGAGAUUAACGCGGUUACUUAGUUAUAGAAAAUCCAUCAAGCCGGUGAGCAAGAAAUCCUUCCUGCAACAUGUUGAAGAGCUUUGCACAAACAACAACCUAAAGUUUCAAGAAGAAUUUUCGGAAUUACCAAAAUUUCUUCAGGAUCUUUCUUCAACUGAUGCUGAUCUGCCUUGGAACAGAGCAAAAAACCGCUUUCCAAAUAUAAAACCAUAUAAUAAUAACAGAGUGAAGCUGAUAGCUGAUGCUAGUAUUCCGGGAUCAGAUUAUAUUAAUGCCAGCUAUGUUUCUGGCUACCUAUGUCCAAAUGAAUUUAUUGCCACCCAAGGUCCAUUACCAGGAACAGUUGGGGAUUUUUGGAGAAUGGUAUGGGAAACCAGAGCAAAAACAUUAGUAAUGCUAACACAGUGUUUUGAAAAAGGACGGAUCAGAUGCCAUCAGUAUUGGCCAGAGGACAACAAACCAGUUACUGUCUUUGGAGAUAUAGUGAUUACAAAGCUAAUGGAGGAUGUUCAAAUAGAUUGGACCAUCAGGGAUCUGAAAAUUGAAAGGCAUGGAGAUUGUAUGACUGUGAGACAGUGCAACUUUACUGCUUGGCCUGAGCAUGGAGUCCCUGAAAACAGUGCCCCUCUGGUUCACUUUGUAAAGUUGGUUCGAGCAAGCAGAGCACAUGACACAACACCUAUGAUUGUUCACUGCAGUGCUGGAGUUGGAAGAACUGGAGUUUUUAUUGCUCUGGACCACUUAACACAACACAUAAAUGAUCAUGAUUUUGUGGAUAUAUAUGGAUUAGUAGCUGAACUGAGAAGUGAAAGAAUGUGCAUGGUGCAGAACCUGGCACAGUAUAUCUUUUUAUACCAGUGCAUUCUGGAUCUCUUAUCAAGUAAAGGAAGUAACCAGCCCAUCUGUUUUGUUAACUAUUCAGCACUUCAGAAGAUGGACUCUUUGGAUGCCAUGGAAGGUGAUGUUGAGCUUGAAUGGGAAGAAACCACCAUGUAA